UGUGCUGCCAGGUACCUCUAAAGACCCAAACCUGAUUUCUGUAAAGGGGAAAACUUUAUUUUGCCUUCUUUUGGUAUCCGAAAAACCAACAAACUAUCUCGUUGUGCUAGAAAUGAUUGCCAAAGUGAACAAAAUUAAUUGAUUGUAAAAUCUCACUCAAAAAAAAAACAAAAACAAUCAGCCACAUAACUUUGUUUUCUUAACCUCACGCUGAGAUGAUUGUAUCCAACGUUAGUUGCACUAGGGAUAAUAGCGCUUGGUGUGCAAACAGUAAUGAUGGCCACUUCGAGGCUGCGGCGAACCGUAAUAUGAGCCCUACUGGACAUCUGAUAGUGGCUGUGUGUCUGGGUUUUAUCGGUACCCUUGGAUUUUCAAACAACUUGCUGGUUCUUGUGCUGUUCUGCCGCUUCAAAGUGCUGCGAUCGCCCAUAAACCUGCUACUGCUGAAUAUUUCAGUCAGCGAUCUGCUCGUCUGUGUGGUGGGGACUCCUUUUAGUUUUGCAGCCAGCACGCAGGGACGUUGGCUAAUAGGGAAAACUGGAUGCGUCUGGUAUGGUUUUAUAAAUUCUUGUUUAGGUACCGUGUCUCUUAUUUCCCUGGCUGUGCUUUCCUAUGAGCGCUACUGUACAAUGAUGGGCACAACAGAGGCAGACGCCACAAACUACAGAAAAAUAGCCAUGGGCAUUUUGCUUUCCUGGGGCUAUUCUUUCCUGUGGACUUUACCUCCACUGUUUGGAUGGAGUAGCUAUGGCCCUGAGGGUCCUGGAACAACAUGCUCAGUAAACUGGUACGCUAAGGAUGCAAACAACAUCUCUUACAUCGUAUGCCUCUUUAUCUUCUGUCUUGUAAUACCAUUUUUGGUCAUAUGCUACUGUUAUGGAAAGUUGCUAUAUGCUGUCAAGCAGGUGAGUGGUGUUAAUACAGGCAUGGGACGAACACAGGAGAAGAGGGUCCUCCUCAUGGUGGUUACCAUGGUGAUCUGUUUCCUGCUGUGCUGGCUGCCCUAUGGGAUAGUCGCUCUUCUAGCCACAUUUGGGAAGCCUGGUCUCAUUACACCAGAGGCCAGCAUCAUCCCAUCACUGCUGGCAAAGACCAGCACAGUUGUUAACCCGAUCAUAUACAUAUUUAUGAACAAACAAUUCUACAGGUGCUUUCAAGCUUUUUUGACAUGCCAUAAACCUUCGUUCAUCUCGAGCUUCAGGAGCACCUCCAAGGCAACCAAGCUGGGUCGUAAAAGCAGAACGGUAGACCCCAACAACAUCACCGUCGCAGUGGCUUCUAUGGGUCGGCCAUCUAUCUUUAUUCAGAACCGGACAGAAAGCAAAGGUGAACAAGGAUUGUCUGUCGAGGGGUCAAAGCCUGUAGUGUCACUUGUUGCUCAUUAUAACGGCUGACAUGCAGUUGAAGGAACAUUUAACAAAAUCAUUGUCAAUAUCCCCGUCUGAAAACGGACAAAAAGGCACAGCAAUUAUCUGAAUGGUUCGAUACAGAGUUUGGAGAAGUAGCAAUUGAUUACACAACGUGUUCCUAAGUUAUUGAACAGCACCAAGAUCUUGUUGAAGAAGGUAAUGGAUUUUAUUUUUACAAGAUGAAAGCAAUUUGGUACUGCAGCUUGCCAGGAUGAAAAAGAUCCUACAAAGAAAAUACUAAGCUUUUUUUUUUCAGUGCUUGUAAAUACUGCAAAUAGAAAGGCAUUAAUGAGGUUUGUUUUACAAAUUAAACCAUUGCGUUGUGUAUAAUCCUGUAAAUAACCACUGCUAGAUAGAGGCUUUCAAACUUCCAAUUUGCCUUCUGCCUUCUGUAUUUAAUAAUGUUAAAAAGGGAAGGAUUUUAAAGAUGGGCUGUAUAGUAUGUCCAUACUUUAAUGUCCAUAUACUUUAUAACAAACACAGUCAUUUCAAUAUGUUUUGUCCACUUUUUUUCUGUCCAAAACAAAUAGAAUGAAUGUGUAUUACACUAUGUUUUUUUGUCAAUAAUGUUCAAUUGCGCAAACUGCUUGGUUAUACAUUGUUUUCUGUGAAAAUGUUAGUCAUUUGGUUUAAUUUACAAGCACCUUGCACCCGUAGACAAGUAUGAGCACAAUUGCUGAGGUGUUUAAAUUUUGUAUUAUUAUGCAAAGCAUGGUAAGUUGCAUCAGUAAAAUUGAUUAAAAAAAAACAAUAUCAAAGCCUUAUGUAUAACAGCAUUCCACCAACAUAAGUGUACCUGUCUGCUUGCACAAUGCUCAUAUUUGAGGGGCAUGGCAACAGCAUAUAACAGCAUAUUAUAUAAUGCAACAGCCAAUGAUGGGUGGAAUCACCAGUCACAAAGGGUGCAGAUUUGAUACAGAUAUAUAGAAACACCCUCCUGGACACAAAUAAUUACUGCAAGAAUACACACACUAGAAAACUAAACACAAGAAACUAUCAGUCACCCCUCAAAAGUAGCUUGAACCAAAUAGGUCCUGGUUGGAGAAGAUAGUCCUGGGCUGGAAGAGCCACAAGUGAGGGCCUGUCCUAUAGGUAUUUGCAAUCAGUCAUCUCCCCUUCAUUUUCUUACUGCUUGUAUUCUGCUUUAACAAAGGCCUAAAACAUUUGCACGUAUUUUUGAUAAUUCAGCUUUGAAUAAAAGGUCACUCUGCACGAAACAAAUAAUUUAGGGUAGAUGCUUUUACUACAGUUCAGCAUGAAUGAACCUUUCACAGUAAUCGUUGCUCUCGGCCAUUGUCACUAAUAAAAAAGCAUUGUUCUGAAGCGGUUUAAUUGCACUAAUGGAAUCAGUGUAAUGGUGAGAUACGGUUUUGAUUGUAAUUCUAUCCAUCAUGCUUGGCUAAAACAGGUAAUUAUAUAACUAAACCAGAAUAUUUUUAAACAGCAUUGAACGGUAGCAAACACACAUGCUAUGAAUUGUUUAAAUUCAUACUAAUUUCUGACCUCACAUGGCCAGAUGUUCAGUACUGGUAAUGAAUAAUACAUAUAAAAAAACAACUAACAUGUGUGGUAUUUUAAGUAUCUGCACCUGAUGGUGGGACUGGUUCAAUUAAACAAGUUAAAACAGGACAGGGGGAGCGCCAAGACUCUGUCUGUAAGAACCAACUUUGUAAAUGAUGUAAGAAUAGUUUACAAACACUAGAAAACUAGACACUGAGGAAAACAUAAAAUGUGUAAAUAUACAAAUUAGAUUUAAUAAUCAUUUAAAGUUAGAUGGCCAAAAUGAGACCUUCCAAGAUUUUUUGUGAAUCUUAAUAUAUAUUGUUUACGGUAUUAUGCUAGCAAUUAUGUUUUUACUGUGUGGUGAAAUGUAUCCAAACGAUAUCUGACAGCUACAAUGAGCUGCUGUUUUUGUGUUAGUCAGUGUGUGUACUGUAGCAAGCAAAACAUGUUAUGUAAAAUGAUAAUGUGCUAUAAAUGUUAAAAUGUGUAUUCUGAAAAAUAUAUGUUUUAAAAAAGG